UUUAGAACAGCCUUAUGCUUUCUAAUAUCCAUAUCGUACUUUGUAUUUGUCGAUCCGCUUUUUGCCCCGUUCUUCCUAUACGGGUCCUCCGCACAGGUGAAUUCAUCGUAGCCUUGCAUAAAGUAUUCCCAAGAAGUCUCCGAGUCGGUGCGCUGGUCUCUGGAGAAUUCGUGGCAGAGAGAAGAAAAGGGAGAGAAGACGGCCAUGGAGAAGGGCGGCGCCGUUCGAUGCCAGAGGAUUGGGUGUGACGCCAUGUUCACCGAGGAGAACAACGCGGAGGGCUCCUGCCGCUAUCAUGAUUCCGGACCUAUAUUUCAUGAUGGUAUGAAAGAAUGGAGCUGUUGCAGGCAAAAAAGUCAUGAUUUUAGCUUAUUUUUGGCUAUCCCUGGAUGUAAGACUGGAAAACAUACUACUGAGAAACCAGUUACCAGGACUGUAUCUGCAAACCCCCAGAAGCCGAUGCCGCUACCAUCUGCUGCUCAAAAUAAAAAACCUGACGAUUCUUGUUCGAGGUGCCGCCAAGGCUUUUUCUGCUCUGAUCAUGGUUCGCAAGGCAGACCUUCAAAACCAUCUGUGGUCACCGCUAAGAAAGAUGAUCAUGUUGAGCAGGCUGCUGCUCCCUCAGUCAAGAAGAUAGUUGAUCUGAAUGAGCCCCAAAUUUGUAGAAAUAAAGGAUGUGGCAAAACCUUUAAAGAGAAGGAUAAUCAUGAAACUGCAUGCGAGUACCAUCCAGGUCCGGCAAUUUUUCAUGACAGAUUGAGAGGGUGGAAAUGCUGCGACAUUCAUGUGAAAGAGUUCGAUGAGUUCUUGAACAUACCUCCAUGCACAAAGGGAUGGCACAAUGCUGAUGGAGCUUGACUUUGGUUGGUCCAAGUUUCACGAAGUCUUUUGUAUUCCAAGUGCAAAUGUGCCCAUCAGUCCAAUGACCUUGGACUUGGACUUGUUCAUGGUGCUUCUGGUGGGAAAAUGUAACACACUGUUUCAACAAUGGACUAAACUGUUACCUUCAUAUUUUAGAUUUUCUUGGAGAGUUUUUAAUGAAGAAUCUUUCCAUUAAUUUUUGCCUUACAAUAUCUGCAGGCAUUGCCUCAUUAUAAA